CCUCAGCUCAGCCUGGUGUAAACUCACACCUCCCUCUGCUUCCCUCCAUCAGACCAGUGUCUCCUCUCAACCCAGUCGUCUCUUAAUACCACAGAGAGGAUCAGCUUUUCACAUCAGCUCAGAAUGCCUUUCGGAGGAGGAAACAAAUGCGGCUGCUGCCAGAAAACUGUCUACUUCGCUGAGGAAGUGCAGUGUGAAGGGAAGAGCUGGCAUAAAUCCUGUUUUCUGUGCAUGGUCUGUAAGAAGAACUUGGAUAGCACAACAGUGGCCGUUCAUGUGGAUGAGAUCUACUGCAAAUCAUGCUAUGGGAAGAAAUAUGGACCAAAAGGCUAUGGCUUUGGAGGUGGAGCUGGUACUCUGAGUAUGGACACAGGAGAAGGACUUGGAAUCAAGCCUGAAGUACAAGGCCCUCAUCGCCCUACAAAUAACCCAAACGCCUCAAAGUUUGCCCAGAAAGCAGGAGGAUCAGAUGUGUGUCCUCGAUGUGGGAAAACAGUGUACGCAGCGGAGAAGGUUAUCGGAGGAGGCAAUUCCUGGCAUAAAGGCUGCUUUCGUUGUGCUAAGUGUGGCAAAGGACUCGAGUCCACGACCGUCGCUGAUAGAGACGGAGAGGUCUUCUGUAAAGGUUGCUAUGCAAAGAACUUUGGUCCCAAGGGAUUUGGCUUUGGUCAGGGUGCAGGAGCUCUGGCUCAUUCCCAGUAAAGCCCGAAGCAUCGGCUCAGUCUGGGACUGACAUCUGCGCUCUGAUAACAUCGCUUCCAGGAUCCUUCAGUCAAUAUCUAGCCUACUCCACUCCAGCUAAAGGCAAAUAGGAACGAUUGAAGCACACAACACAGCUUUCACCAAGUAGAUUUUGCUCUAUGUGCUGCAUUUGAAUCUGAUUUAUGAUGUUGCGGUUUGACGCUUUAAGAAAACAAGAUAUGCUAAACAUUUAUAAAACACACUGAAUUCUAACUCUAAGUCGGAUGUGCACAUGCGUGUGUUUAAACCAACUGGAGCCAAGCUGGCUUCAUUCACAGAAGAAAAAAAGAAAGCAAAUUAAACUCUGCUGUUAGAAUACUAAGAGACACAAAUGUCAAAUUUGAUUAAUAUCUCCAUGAGUUGGUGUCUGGGUGAGAACAAAAUAGGAUCUGAAGACUGACAGCUUUGAAAAAACUGCCUCACAUCAUGCUUCAGUUACCGUCUUCUUCUCCGCCUUACAUGUCAAGUGAUGUACAUACUGUCUUAAGACAUGCAUUAUUGCAGAGACACAAAAUAAAUAUCAGGCAAAAAAAAAAGAAAAAAAAAAGAUGCUAAA